AUGCUCUCUAGCUCUCACCCCCCCCCCCGGCUCGUCUCCAUCUCGUCCCAUCUUUUCUGCUUCUCACCAACCCAUGAAUGGAAGAAGAUAAGGACCCUCCCCUCCCCCUGGUCCGGUCGGAUCAGUUCGGUCCCAGGUCACGAGGAGGGGUGUGUGAUUACACCCGUACCCAAAAUUCUCCCCCACCGGGCCGUGAUAUUUGGAAUCAAGUCGUACCCGUAUAGACGGGCGGGGCGCGCGCGGCUACUAUCACCAACUACUGACUUUCUAUGGGUUACAACCAGCUUACUUGCAGAAGCAAACAUCAGUUGUUCCGUGUUUGAGGACAUUUUGCCUAUUAGAUACGCUGAGGCCGGCUCCGGCUCGUACGAGAUGCGAGUGGGAAUAUCAUACCCUGACCCCAUGGAUUGA